AUGUCGGAUGUUAAGGAUAUGAACAAGUACUACCCUCCGGAUUUUGAUCCGGAGAGUUACCAUCGGCACAAGCACAUCUUGAAGCAAGUGGGUCGCGGUCGGAAGAAGAGUAGAACGGGUGGACCUAGUCGAAGGGGUGCGAUGGAAUUGCGUAUGUUGUGGCCAUUCAGUUUGGUUUGCGAACGAUGUGAAGAGGUUACGUUUGUUGGUACUAAGUUUAACUCACGUGUUGAGCGUUUGAAAACGGAGGAUUAUUUAGGUAUUCCAAUUUGGCGUAUUAGUGGUAAGUGCCAUGAGUGUCAUGCUCCUAUUGUGCUCAAGACGGACCCAAAAAAUACGGAUUAUGUUAUUGAGUCUGGAGGACACAGACUUUUCGAUGCGGCCCUGGCUGCUAAGGAAAUACAAGAAGAAAAAGAUCGCGCACAACAUGACCAACAACAACUUGGAACCAUGGAACAACUUGAACGUAAGGCCAUCAACACCGCCCAGGAAAUACAAGAUCUAGAAUCCAUCGCGCGCCUCCAAGCCAUCAAUAAAGCCUUCCUCCUUUCCGCCGACCUUGUUACUGACCAACUCCUCGAAACGCAACGAGUCGACGAAGACAUACAAAAAACUAUCCGUACCUUGCGACGAGAGCGGGAACUACGGGAAGAGGAACUCGCUUCGGACAUCGAACCCCCUUCGCACAUCGAACCCGCCUCCGAGCUCGCUUUCCACCUCCCUUCAGACCACCAACAUCCGGGUUCGAAUCCCGGCGAUGGCUCCAAUAAACAACAUGCUGGAAACGUGCUGGGAAUUCGUGUCAACAUUCUCCACCCCACAACCCACCGUAAAUCAGCGCCGACCUCCCUCCUAGCCAACUACAGUAGUGAAGACGACGACGACGACGACGACGACGACCAUUAG